UUGGCAUUUUGACUUGUAGAGUAUCAGAGCACAUCUUCAAUUCCUUGUACCAAAUUGACUUUGAUCAUGUCUUGAAUAUGGAAAAAAGUGUCUAGCUAAAGUUUGUGAUCUUAAGUUUCUCUUUGCAGGUUCUAUGAGGGUGCAAUUACUGAGUUUGAUCCUGUGAAAAAGAGACACAAGGUCUUAUAUUAUGACGAACAAGUGGAAACCUUGAAUCUGACUAAGGAACGGUGGGAGAUGGUUGGAGACAAUCCAUCUGACGAGUAUUUACGGAAGCAUGAGACAGAUCUUCAAUGCAAUGCUGUUUCAUCUGUUCCAUCCAUGAAGAAGAAAGCAAAAAGAACCUCCUCAACAAAAAGGGAACCUGGAGUCUCUUCAUCCAAAAGGUCUAAAAGAAAUGCCCAAAAGGGUGAAACUGAACCCAUGGAUAUUCCAGUUCCAGAUAAGAUGAAUGAUGCUACUGAUGUUGGUUGCGCAACGAGCAGCAGAAAAAAAGAUCCUGUGGACAAGGAAGAUAACAUGAUCAAUGAGAAUCAGAUAUCCAAGAAUUCGAAAGUUGAUUUAGAGAGCUCAUUGAUGCUUGAAGACCAUCCAUCUGACAAGAAGCAUGAAACAGAUCUUCAAAGCAGUGAUGUUUCAUCUAUACCCAGCUCAAAGAAAGCAAAAAGAACCUCCUCAAAGAAAAGGGAACCUGGAAUCUCUUCAUCCAAAAGGUCAAAAAGAAAGGCCCAAAAGAGUGACAUUGAAUCCCCGGUUAUUCCAAUUCCAGAUAAGAUGAAUGAUGCUACUGAUGUUGAUUGUGAAACGAGCACUGGGCAAAAAGAUCUUGUGGAUAAGGAAGAUAACAUGAUCACACAGAAACAGAGAUCUGAGACUUUCAUACUUUCCUUAGAUAGCUCAUUGACUCUUGAAGACCGUCCAUCUGACAAGAAGCAUGAAACAGAUCUUCAAAGCAAUGAUGUUUCAUCUGUUCUAUUGAUGAAUAAGAAAGCGAAAAGAACCUCCUCAACAAAAAAGGAACCCAGAGUCUCUUCAUCCAGAAGGUCUGGAAUGAAUGCCCAAAAGAGUGACAUUGAAUCCCUGGAUAUUCCAAAUCCAGAUAAGAUGAAUGAUGCUACUGAUGUUAUUUGCGAAACAAGCAGUGGGCAAAAAGAUCUUGUGCACAAGGAAGGUAACAUCAUUACAGAAGCAGAGAUCCAAGACUUCCAAAGUGGAAACCGAGAGCUCAUUAACGGAAGUGCACUCACAACGUCGUCAAAACUUUCCAAUGGUGCCUUAGAGGGCUGAUUGACGAAGGAAGCUAAUUAAAGUGUAAAGAUGCUGAAGUUGAGUUUGGGAAAAAGGUAGUAGUCGUUACUCGUUAUUCAUUCAAAUUUGGAAGUUUUACAUCAUAGUUGAACCCGAUAGUUCCUUUAACAUUUAAAGCUAUGAGACCUUGAGUUUGUUACCAUAGUUUGCCGGAAUGGACAGCUGGAGGAUUCCAUGCUCGACCAUAUUCAUGCAGAUUUUUUUUAAAAUUUUUAUUUUUCUUUUGGUUGCGGUAUGAAAUCCGAGUUAACAAAGCAACUGCAUUCGUGGUAGUCCUGUUGAUAUGUCAGCAAGGAUUCACGUCCUUUGCUUGAUCAUAGAUCUCAUAAAGCAAGGGAAUGUGAAUUCUAUAUCGGGUUGAUUCUUCCAUAUAAUAGGUGAGAGGAGCUGUGGGAUUCUGUUUCUCAAUGUAUCAAUGAAAUUUUUGAAGCACUAUCAGAAGUUACUUAGGAUUAGUUACACAUCUGUAGAUUUGUUUCUCUAUGGCUAAAGAUCAUGCUCACAGAAUCUAUUAUGGGAAAUUUUCAUAAAGCACUAUCUUUUAGUAGCAAUUAGCCAUC